GGCUUCAGUCACGUGCACUGGCCUAACAACACACAUCACGCGCAGCUCGUGUUGACAAACACUACAGAACACAAUCAUAAAAACACCUCGGUGUUAAUCAGCGUGUGUGUGUGUGUGUGUGUGGAAUUGUUAUGGAGGAGAGAUUGGAGAACUAUGAGAACUGUGCCAGAAGAAUUCAGGCUUACUGGAGAUGUUUUAGGGACAGAAGGCUCUUCAGACUCAUGAUGAACACUGUACGCUCAGCUGAACAGUGUCUGGCAUCAGCAGUUCUGCGUCAGCUCAGUCCCAGAGAAGCUGAAUUGCUGAAAGACCCCAGUCUGAAGUGCAAGAUCAGAUUCAGGUUUGCAGGUCCUCAGUUUCCACCUUCACUUGUCUUCAAGAUUGUCCACAUUGGAGGAGGAGGACACUAUAUGUCUGGCAAAAAAGUCUUUUCUGCCUCCAAUCAGGCCACAGCAGACACCUGCAGAAUGAUGGGAAACAGAGCAUUUAUGGAUCUCGUGUCAGUGGAUGAGUUUCAUGGAGCUGCCGUUGAUCCACAAGAUGUGAUUUGCAUGAGAGACUAUAUGAAGUAUUCCAGCCACCUGGAUGAGCUUCCAGCGUGUGUAGGAGGAAGGGAAAACAGAUGGAGGUUCCUGUCUCUGAAGGUGCUGUCCCGAGACGUCAUGCUCAGAGAGGGUGUGAAGCCAGGAACCAGAGGCAUGUUGAAGACUGUAUUGCCAUUUAGACAUCUACCCCGCUCUCAUUUUGCUGGACAGCAGAUCUCACACAGAGGUUCCCGGGUCUCUACACGACAAUCUGCCCGUGCUCAAAACACCGCGGCUCAGAAGAGACGCCUCUACGGCCUGAGCGAGGCUGAAAGAAUAUUAGAGGAAGCGAAGCACGUUAACACCCAUGACAUGAAGAAACAGAAUGAGACGACUGAGAAACUGGACAUCAAGAUAGUUCUGCCAUCUGUCGAGACGGAAAAUUACAACUCAUCCGAGUCUGAAUGGGAGGAAGAGGCUGAGAAACUGUGCAACUGGUCAAAACAGCUGAACAUAGAUGCUUUAGAAACACCUGCAUUCAAUUAGACGGAGAAAUACGAUUUCACACCAGGAGAUGUAUGUUAAUGAAAAUGUAUGUUAACUGUGCAUCUAAUUUCCAGACUCUCAUCUUCUUAGGAACAUGCACGUCCGUCAAUAAUCUGUUCAUACUUUUAUCUGUUCAUAUUAGUGUCAUAUUCGUAAGUCUUUCUGCCUUUCUGUCUCGAUUUUUAUCUAUUUGCAUGCAUGCAUGCACACCUGUAUGUAUGCAUGAUCAGAAAACUACUAAACAUGAAACAAAAAUCCUCAUGCAAGGAAAAAAAUAAUGUUUUCACUAAAUAUGUGAUCAAAC